AUGAAUUUCUACUUUGAAGCUGCUAAAGUCUUGGAUAAGCUCGAUGCAAAGAAAGGCUCCAUUAAAGGCGUCAUCGCGACCGUGGCUGAGAAAGACAGGAAACGGACGGCGGCUGUCGUUAUCGAGACCUUGAAGUAUAAACCAGUGCUGGUUGAGAUCAUUGACGCUGCAAAGCUCUUGAAGGAAGAGCGUAAGAUUUCUUCACGGAAUUUGGCCCUGGUUCUUGUCCACGACCUCCUACUUGCAAAUGGCAUCCAGGCCGGAGAUGGUCCUGUGAAGCAAGCCAUAUUACGCCACAAGACACGACUCCACAGCGAGUUCACGCGAAUUAAGAUCAAGCGCGGCGCGAAAUCGCACAGUGAGCUGGCACAGACCGAUGACUCACGAGCAGCACUCAUACCUCGAUACGUCCGCGUGAAUACGGCAUGCUGGACAAGCGAGGAGGCAAUCCAGACCUUCAUCUCCCGUGGGUACCAGCUGUCAGGACCGUUCCAGUCAGAGCAAGGCUUUUCUCGCGACGGGCACAUCCCCAACCUACUAGCCUUCAACCCCAAAACGCAGUUCGCCGAUGACCCGUUAUACAAGGCGGGAAAGAUCAUUCUCCAAGAUAAGGCGUCAUGCUUCCCAGCUCACAUUCUAGCGCCACCAUCAAGGGACGACUGUGUGGUUAUCGAUGCUACUGCUGCUCCGGGCAACAAGACUUCCCAUCUGAGUGCACUCAUGGGCAACAAGGGCAAACUAUUUGCCUUCGAGCGUGACCGCAAACGUUAUAGCACUCUACAGGCAAUGCUGUCCAGGGCGCACUGCCAAAAUGUGGAGACGGUCAACGCGGAUUUUUUGACGGUGUCGCCGGCGGACGACAGGUACCGCGCGGUCACGCAUAUCCUGCUUGACCCGUCGUGCAGCGGUUCGGGUAUUGUGAACCGUCUAGACCAUCUUCUGGAGGCAGAGGAUGAGAAUGACGACGGGCAAGAGCGCCUGAACAAAUUGGCGGCAUUUCAGCUGUCGAUGAUCAGACACGCUAUGAAAUUUCCCUUGGUGCAGAGAAUUGUCUACUCGACAUGCAGCAUCCACGCCACAGAAAAUGAACACGUCGUCCGGGACGUUCUGAAGACCGAAGAGGCCCUCAGCGGUAGAUUCACACUUGCACCGCCAAAAGAAGUACUGCCAAGUUGGCAGCGCCGAGGCCUAGCCGAGGAGGUUGACAAUCCUGACUACGCGGCAUCGCUUGUACGCUGUUCUCCUGACGAAGACGCAACGAACGGCUUCUUCGUGAGCAUGUUCAUCCGAACCGACCCUGACCGCAAGGACAACGAACACGACCCCUCGGAGAUCGGAACACGAAAAAGGCCAGUAAGGGAGGACGAAGAGACGCCUGGUGAGAACGCAAGGCACCGGAAAAGAAAAAAGAAAAAGAGCUCUAGAGUCGCAUAA